AGUACUCGUAUUAAUUUAAAUCUUUCCUCCCAAUUUCAGGUGAUCCGUCCUAUAUAAACCCAACUACUCUAAUUCUCUCCCUCCAAACUUGGACACACUUUCCAUGUCCUCCACUCUUCACCUCCAUCACCCAUUUCCAACCUACCAUUUUCUCUCUCCACCACAAUCUCCGCCGUCACUUCCUCCCUUCCUCCGCCACUUCAACACCCUCAACUGCACCCCACUUUCUCUCUCCUCCUCAUCCUCAUCAAUGGGUACCAUCGACUCCCAAACUCAACCCAUCACCACCACUUCUCCCGAGUUCAAACUCGUCGGCUACUCCAACUUCGUCCGCGUCAACCCCAUGUCCGACCGCUUCUCCGUCAACAAAUUCCACCACAUCGAGUUCUGGUGCGGCGACGCCACCAACGUCAGCCGUCGCUUCUCUUGGGGCCUCGGUAUGCCCGCCGUCGCUAAAUCCGACCUCUCCACCGGAAACUCCGUCCACGCUUCUUACCUCCUUCGUUCCGGCGACCUCUCCUUCCUCUUCACCUCGCCAUACUCCCCUUCUCUCUCCUCGCCGUCUUCCGCCGCAAUACCCACCUUCGAUUUCUCUCUCUUCACCUCUUUCCUCACUUCUCACGGCAUCGGGGUUCGCGCCGUUGCCGUCGAAGUCGAUGAUGCCGAGGCUGCCUUCAAUAUUAGCGUCUCUCACGGCGCAAUCCCGGCUUCUCCCCCGAUUCAGCUCGGAAACGGCGUCGUUUUAUCGGAGGUCAGCCUCUACGGUGACGUUGUUCUUCGCUACAUAAGUUACGGAGGUGGGAUAGAGAAUAAGAACAACAAGAAUUCUGAGACUGCUAGUCCUCCUAGUGAAUGGUUUCUUCCUGGGUUUGAGGAAAUGCCGGAAGAAUCGUCGUUUCGAGGGCUAGAUUUCGGGCUCCGGAGACUAGACCACGCGGUGGGGAACGUCCCGGAGCUAGCGAAAGCAAUUGAGUAUGUUAAAAAGUUUACUGGGUUCCAUGAGUUCGCCGAGUUCACAGCCGAUGAUGUUGGGACGAGCGAGAGCGGGUUAAACUCGGCCGUGCUGGCGAACAAUUCGGAGACAGUGUUGAUUCCGAUGAACGAGCCGGUGUAUGGGACGAAGAGGAAGAGUCAAAUUCAGACUUACUUGGAGCAUAAUGAAGGAGCUGGGGUUCAGCAUUUGGCAUUGAUGAGUGAGGAUAUAUUUUGGACUCUUAGGGAGAUGAGGAAGCGGAGUGGGCUCGGCGGGUUCGAGUUUAUGCCGGCACCACCACCGACGUAUUAUCGGAACUUAAGGAAUAGAGUUGGGGAUGUGUUGAGUGAAGAACAGAUGAAGGAGUGUGAAGAGUUGGGGAUAUUGGUUGAUAAGGAUGAUCAGGGUACUUUGCUUCAGAUUUUCACUAGGCCUAUUGGGGACAGGCCAACUAUGUUCAUUGAGAUUAUCCAAAGAAUUGGUUGCAUGAUGAAAGAUGAAGAAGGCAAGUUGUACCAAAAGGGAGGCUGUGGAGGAUUUGGGAAGGGAAACUUUUCAGAGCUUUUCAAAUCAAUAGAAGAGUAUGAGAAGACACUUGAACGCAAGCCUGUUGCCGAUACAAAUGUUGCAUGAGUUACAAACUACGUUGUUGCCGUGCAGACAUGAAUGGUAAUAUGAUUGAGUUGUUGCCGUGCAGACAUGAAUGGUAAUAUGAUUGAAUUGGUGGGCUGCUCGCUCCAAUGAUCUCGUAACUAUGUACUUAUCAACCAAGUGUAAUUAUGCAAAACGUAUCAUGACAGUGUAUAGUGAUCCAACUGAUCUUUACUAAAGUAUGUAUUACAUAUAUCGAUCAUUAUGAUGUAUAUGGUGAAUAAUUUAUCAACUAUGAAGUCAUUUGAUGCGUACACAAAUGAGAAGUAUAUGUUGAAUCUGGAGCA